CGCUUGCUUUGUCGAGCUCGCGAAACGGAGAAGAAACGGAGAAGCUGCGGCUGCCCUGGGAUUUGUUUAAUCCUCAAGAUAUCCGGAUUCCUAUUCUAUUCCACAACUGUUCCUUCUCUCCCAUCGCUCUCUUCUCAUUCUUUCACUCGUCCGCGGACAUUUCUCCUGGCUCGUGGGCAUCAUGUAUAGAUUGGGAAGUCGCAGCUUGGGUCCGGCACUCAAAGCCGCAAGGGCUCCAGUGACACGGAAUUCUUUUCUUCAGACACAGCAGCAGCGGAGGAAUCUGAGUAUUCAUGAAUAUCUGUCUGCAAACCUGCUAAAGACCUAUGGCAUUGGAGUUCCCAACGGAGAGGUGGCCAAGACACCUGAGGAGGCAGAGGCCAUUGCAAAGAAAAUCGGUGGAGAUGAUAUGGUCAUCAAAGCCCAAGUCCUUGCUGGUGGUCGAGGAAAGGGUACCUUUGACAAUGGCCUGAAAGGUGGUGUCCGUGUCAUCUAUUCGCCAACGGAAGCAAAGAUGUUUGCCAGUCAAAUGAUCGGUCACAAUCUCGUCACCAAACAGACCGGAGCCCGGGGCCGCAUCUGCAACUCGGUAUACAUCUGUGAGCGCAAGUUCGCUCGUCGCGAAUUCUACCUAGCCAUCCUCAUGGACCGAUCCACACAAGCCCCCGUCAUUGUUGCUUCCGCCCAAGGUGGCAUGGAUAUUGAAACCGUGGCCAAAGAGAGCCCCGAUGCCAUCAUCACCACCAACAUUGAUAUCAACCAGGGUGUCACUGAUGACAUUGCCAGAAAGAUUGCCACAGAAAUUGGCUUCAGCGAGCAGUGCAUCGAGGACGCCAAGAAUGCCAUCCAGAACUUAUACAAGGUCUUUUUAGAAAAGGACGCUACCCAGAUCGAAAUCAACCCCCUCAGCGAGACCAGCGAUCACCAAGUCUUGGCCAUGGAUGCCAAGUUGGGCUUCGACGACAACGCCGAAUUCAGACAAAAGGAAGUCUUCAGCUGGCGAGACACUUCGCAGGAAGAUGCUGAUGAAGUCAAGGCCGCCGAAUAUGGCCUCAACUUCAUCAAGCUCGACGGUGACAUUGGCUGUCUCGUAAACGGUGCCGGUCUGGCCAUGGCUACCAUGGACAUCAUCAAGUUGAACGGUGGUGCCCCAGCAAACUUCCUCGAUGUCGGUGGUGGAGCUACUCCCGAAGCCAUCAAGAGUGCCUUUGAGUUGAUCACUAGCGACCCGAAGGUCACUGCCGUCUUUGUCAACAUCUUCGGUGGCAUUGUCCGAUGCGACGCCAUCGCUCAAGGUCUGAUCAACGUCGUUCAACAAAUGAACAUCCGGUUACCCAUUGUCUGCCGAUUGCAAGGCACAAACAUGGAAAAGGCUGCUGAGUUGGUGAACAACUCUGGUUUGAAGAUCUUCUCCAUCACAGACUUGCAGGAGGCAGCCGAAAAGGCCGUCGACUUCUCAAAGAUUGUCAAGAUGGCACGGGAUAUCGAUGUCGGUGUUGAGUUCUCACUUGGUAUUUAAGCCUCCCUUGUCCGAGUUAGUUCGGUGGGUUGAUGGCCGGUGGUGUGGGCUUCCUUUCACGAACGUGGUUGAUCAAUAGCAGAUUCUCGGGCUUUAGGCAACAAGUGAAUUAGCCCUAUCCUGGUUCGACCAGGCUCGUCCUUAAUACAAGCCACGUCGCCAAACUUUGUACACCAAAUCUCGCUGUUCACAGCCAUCUUUGUCCAAUGAGAAGAAAAACGACGCCCAAGGGUUGUAGGCCAAUCACCCGAGUCAUUUGUCCACCUAUAUUGAAACGAGCAUAAUCUACUGGGUGGAUGGUUGUGUUGUUGCAUACGCGUUCAUCCUACUGCUAUGGGGGGUGGCCCUUUGUGUUUGGAUACGGUACACAACGAUCAUCGACGACUAUUCGGAUGGGUAGUGUCUGGAAAAUGUCAUGGACUGGAGGUAUUCGUCCUGAUUCGUAGCCAUCAAAGCCCACGUUCACCUUUGUUGUGUGUUAUAGUACGGUUGGAAAAGUAAAGACAUAUAAUUGUCAAUUAAGCACAGACCCUUUGAAAGCUCCCAUCUCAUGGGUCGAGCAGGGUGAGCCGCCAGAUACACUUGCUGCCGCGACCACGACGGCAGAUUGAUGUUCAAUUGAC